GUCAGUGAGCUGACAGGGAAGGUAGCCGGCUCCGCCGACCGUCCCGGCCCACUUUCCCUGAGAGGUCUCACCCCGAAGUUAGGGUCGACUUCCAGACGACAGGCUCCUUCCCUUCUCUCACUCGCCGGCAGCGCCGGGAAAGCGGCUGGGGAGACGCCUCCGGGGCCAGGCUGGACAUGAGCUGCGGCUGCCGGUCCUGGGACUAGGCCCCGCCAUUUUGGAUCCGCUGACAGGUUUGUCAGGAUGGUGGAUAAGAAUAUUUAUAUCAUUCAAGGAGAAAUUAACAUUGUUGUUGGUGCCAUCAAACGAAAUGCCCGAUGGAGCACGCAUAUACCACUGGAUGAAGAACGGGAUCCUCUGCUACAUAGUUUCAGUCAUCUAAAGGAGGUCUUAAACAGUGUAACAGAACUCUCAGAGAUUGAGCCAAAUGUAUUCCUUCGUCCAUUUUUGGAAGUUAUCCGCUCUGAAGACACUACUGGUCCUAUCACCGGCCUGGCACUCACCUCUGUCAACAAGUUCCUGUCCUACGCACUCAUAGAUCCAACUCAUGAGGGCACAGCAGAGGGCAUGGAGAACAUGGCAGAUGCUGUCACUCAUGCUCGUUUUGUGGGCACAGAUCCUGCCAGUGAUGAAGUUGUGCUGAUGAAAAUCCUUCAGGUUCUCCGAACUCUGUUGCUAACCCCAGUUGGUACCCACUUAACAAAUGAAUCUGUAUGUGAGAUUAUGCAGUCUUGCUUCCGGAUUUGCUUUGAAAUGAGGCUCAGUGAGUUAUUGAGAAAAUCCGCAGAGCACACUCUCGUAGACAUGGUGCAGCUGCUCUUCACAAGGUUACCUCAGUUUAAAGAAGAGCCCAAGAGCUAUGUGGGAACAAACAUGAAGAAGCUGAAAAUGAGAGCAGGAGGCAUGAGUGACUCAUCGAAGUGGAAGAAACAGAAAAGAUCUCCUCGACCUCCUCGUCAUACCACCAAAGUCAUACCAGGUUCAGAGCUGCCAACCCCAAAUGGAGCCACCUUAUCCUCUAACCUUACUGGUGGUGUGCCUUUCAUUGAUGUGCCCACAUCCAUCUCCUCUGCAAGUUCGGAAGCUGCUUCAGCAGUUGUCAGUCCCUGUACAGAUAGUGGCCUGGAAUUAUCCUCCCAGACCACUUCCAAGGAGGACCUCACUGACCUGGAGCAAGCUGGCUCCCCAAGGGAAAACACAGCCACGGAGCCUGGGAGCAAUGAGAUAGGAAUUUCCGAUCAUCUUGACCCUCAGCAGGAAGGGGCUCCUGUGGAAAAGGCUCAGUCAGCAUCGGUGGAAUCUAUCCCUGAAGUGUUGGAGGAGUGCACAUCCCCUACUGACCACUCUGACUCUGCCUCUGUCCAUGAUAUGGACUAUGUCAAUCCUCGGGGCGUGCGCUUUACCCAGUCUUCCCAGAAGGAAGGUACAGCUUUGGUUCCUUAUGGCCUUCCUUGCAUCCGUGAGCUCUUCCGCUUCCUUAUCUCCCUCACAAAUCCACAUGACCGCCAUAACUCAGAGGUUAUGAUCCAUAUGGGACUACAUUUGCUGACGGUAGCUCUUGAGUCAGCCCCGGUAGCCCAGUGCCAGACCCUCUUGGGACUCAUCAAGGAUGAGAUGUGCCGUCACUUAUUCCAGCUACUCAGCGUGGAGCGACUGAACCUUUAUGCUGCUUCCCUACGAGUAUGUUUCUUACUCUUUGAGAGCAUGCGGGAGCACCUCAAGUUCCAACUAGAGAUGUACAUCAAAAAGCUCAUGGAGAUCAUCACUGUUGAAAACCCCAAGAUGCCUUAUGAGAUGAAGGAGAUGGCGCUGGAGGCUGUGGUGCAGCUCUGGCGCAUCCCCAGCUUCGUCACUGAGCUCUACAUCAACUACGACUGUGACUACUACUGCUCCAACCUCUUUGAAGACCUCACCAAGCUGCUGUCCAAGAAUGCCUUUCCUGUGUCUGGUCAGCUUUAUACAACACACCUACUGUCCCUUGAUGCCCUCUUAACAGUUAUUGAUAGCACUGAGGCUCACUGUCAGGCCAAAGUCCUCAACACCCUCACCCAGCAAGAGAAGAAAGAAGCAGCCAGACCAGGCUAUGAGGCAGUGGAUAGCACCCGAGAAACUACCAGUACUGAGAGAGCAGCCAGUGAUGGGAAAGCCACAGGCAUGGCCCCAGAUGCCAUAGGCCUUCAUUUUCCAAGUGGAGGAUGGUUGUCAGCAGAACAUGGAAAGCCAGGAUGCAAUGAUCUGGAGGAAGCUGGUGACGCUGGGGUUGACAAAAAGUUCACCAGAAAGCCGCCUCGAUUUUCCUGUCUUCUGCCAGAUCCACGGGAACUAAUUGAAAUUAAAAACAAAAAAAAGCUGCUGAUCACUGGCACAGAGCAGUUCAACCAAAAACCAAAGAAAGGGAUCCAGUUUCUGCAGGAGAAAGGCCUCCUCACCAUCCCAAUGGAUAACACAGAGGUAGCUCAGUGGCUCCGAGAAAACCCUCGGUUAGACAAGAAAAUGAUUGGAGAGUUUGUGAGUGACCGCAAAAACAUGGACCUGUUGGAGAGUUUUGUGAGCACCUUCAGCUUUCAGGGUUUGCGGCUUGAUGAAGCUCUCCGACUCUACCUGGAAGCCUUCCGUUUGCCCGGGGAAGCACCAGUUAUUCACAGGUUGCUGGAGGCAUUCACCGAGCACUGGAGAAGUUGUAAUGGCUCCCCAUUUGCCAAUAGUGAUGCCUGCUUUGCCCUGGCCUAUGCUGUCAUAAUGCUUAACACUGACCAGCAUAACCACAAUGUUCGAAAACAGAACGCACCGAUGACCCUGGAGGAGUUUCGAAAAAACCUAAAAGGUGUGAAUGGAGGCAAGGACUUUGAGCAAGACAUCCUGGAGGACAUGUACCAUGCCAUCAAGAAUGAGGAAAUUGUGAUGCCGGAGGAGCAGACAGGCCUGGUUCGUGAGAACUAUGUGUGGAGUGUGCUGCUUCAUCGAGGUGCUACCCCUGAGGGCAUAUUCCUUCGUGUACCUCCUGGCAGCUAUGAUCUUGACCUCUUCACUAUGACCUGGGGCCCCACUAUUGCUGCUCUCUCUUAUGUCUUUGAUAAAAGCCUUGAGGAGACCAUCAUCCAGAAAGCCAUCUCAGGCUUCAGGAAAUGUGCCAUGAUCUCCGCCCACUAUGGCCUCAGCGAUGUGUUUGACAAUCUCAUCAUCUCUCUGUGCAAAUUCACAGCACUAAGUAGUGAGUCUAUUGAGAACCUGCCCAGUGUAUUUGGGAGCAACCCUAAAGCCCAUAUUGCAGCCAAGACAGUAUUCCAUUUGGCCCAUCGUCAUGGUGACAUCCUUCGGGAGGGCUGGAAGAAUAUCAUGGAGGCUAUGCUGCAGCUCUUCCGAGCCCAACUUUUACCCAAGGCUAUGGUGGAGGUAGAAGAUUUUGUGGAUCCCAAUGGCAAGAUCUCUCUACAGCGGGAGGAAACACCGUCAAACCGAGGGGAGUCAACAGUACUUAGCUUCGUGAGCUGGCUGACACUGAGUGGUCCUGAGCAGUCUAGCGUUCGGGGCCCAUCUACAGAGAACCAAGAGGCCAAGAGAAUGGCCUUGGACUGUAUUAAGCAAUGUGACCCAGAAAAAAUGAUCACAGAAAGCAAGUUCCUCCAGCUGGAAUCACUGCAGGAACUCAUGAAGGCUCUGGUCUCGGUGACACCAGAUGAAGAGACAUAUGAUGAAGAAGAUGCUGCUUUCUGUCUGGAGAUGCUGCUAAGGAUCGUGUUAGAGAACAGGGACCGUGUGGGCUGUGUAUGGCAGACCAUUCGAGAUCAUCUGUAUCAUCUGUGUGUUCAGGCACAAGAUUUCUGCUUCCUUGUGGAGCGAGCAGUGGUAGGGCUGUUACGCCUAGCCAUUCGGCUGCUCCGGAGAGAAGAGAUUAGUGGCCAGGUAAGCAAGUGCAUGUAAGAGGGUGGGCAAGUAUGCAAGGGACUAAGGCCACA